AUGAUGUCGGGUAUACGCGACCGAGAACUAGCAAUGAUUUUCACCAACCGUCCACCGGCCAACGUCAAGGAGGCUCUCGACUUGGACGCGGCUCGACGCACCCAAUACCCCUUGGCUAAGGAAUCUCACGCCACCAGAGGCCAACUACGUGCGGUCGCCCACUCAACCUUCAAGGUCUGUCCACACCCUACCACACCCAUUUAAACCGCCCUUUCAACCUCCAAAGUUCCCAGGUCCGCCGAACAACACUCACUGUUACUAUUGCAACCGCUUCGGCACAGUCGCCAAGAAAUGCGGCCACAAUUCAGGCAACCAUCCCUUACCCCUGGCCACUUUGUACACCCUUUCCCCUGAUUUCAAGCCAUUGACAAUCUCGGGCACAGUGGCAAAUAAGACACUCAGCAUUCUUAUAGACACGGGCGCAGCCGUCUCCCUGAUUCACAUUAGCCUCAUCCAUGGACCAAACUAUAACCAGCCGGGAUUUCCUCAACUACAGAUUCUCACUGCUAACAAUUCCAUCCUCCAGCUCAGCGGCUCCGCCACAGUACCAGUCCUCAUCAAAGACAAAACUAUCCGACAUCGCUUCCUCGUGUCCUCCGAACUCAAAUGGAAUGUCAUACUCGACUUUGAUUUUCUAAAACAGCAUGCUCAAGCCAUUACCUCCUCCCCACUUCUCCGUCCCUGA